UUGGCCUCUUUCUCUCCCAGCUCCCAGCUUGUUGAGUCUGUCCCUCCGUACUCACCUGUCUUUCUGGAUGGAUGGCAGCCUGAGGCCUUUGACCCAGAAGGUCAACUUUGGGAGGACCCAAUCAAGUCACAGCACAAACAGGACGCUCUUCAAUACAGUGUAGAGGACCCUCCUGAUCAGGCUGAGGAAGGAGCCAGCUCAGUCCAGCACACUGACGAAUCAGAUGGCAGUGAACUUCCACCUGAGGGCGAGAGGAUGUUCAGCUGCAGCUACGGCUUUGUUGCCAGGAACAGCAGUGAACUCUCCGUGCUGCAGGGAGAAACUCUGGAGGUGAUUGAGUCGUCAAAGCGUUGGUGGAAGUGUCGCAAUGACUUUGACCAGAUUGGGUUUGUUCCCUUCAACAUUCUGGAGCCUCUGUCAGCCCUCAACAACAACCAUAGGGAUAGCCCAGUGGCACUCAGACAGUCCAAGAAGGUGCCCUUCGCCCAGCCAAGGCACUUCUCCUACACCCCCUCCAGCAGAGAAGGGGCCAACCUCCCCGCCAUACCCCGCCGUCCUCAAAGCAUGUCCCCCUCCACCAUGACAGGGGGCGACAGAGACAAAGGCUUUAUGGUGAACGAUGAGCUCCUCCAGCGGCUGGCCAACGGCAGGGCGGGCUCCAUCCGUCCCCUAGUGAUCCCCCGCACCACAGACACCUCGGCCCCCCUGGACUACCACUCCCCUCCUGCUGAGGUAGAGGGCUGGCUGAGAGGGAAGGGCUUCACUGAGCCGACAGCAACACUGUUGGGGAGACUCACUGGUGCUGAGCUCUUUGCCCUGAGUAAAGAGGACCUGCGUAUGUUUUCACCAGAGGAGGGUGCCAGAGUGUACAGCCAGAUGAUGGUGCAGAAGGCUUUACUGGAGGAUGUCCGUAAAUCCACAGAGCUGGAGACAAUGAUGGAGAAACAGAAGCAGAAAGCGGACUUCCAGCUGGAGAGCAGGAGGCUGUGACCAAGAACAAGCUAUGCACAUGUAUAACACUGAUACACAGAUAUCACUGGUUGAUGGAUGCCAACACAAUAACAUCACUGUCACUGAUUAAGAGGACACACACACUCACUAACAUUGUCUGUAUGGAUACUCUGAUACAGAGAUUUCACUUUCAAAGGGUAGUUCACCCAAACUAUAAAAUUACUUGGUUUUCAUAAGGUGUCCGCAUGCUUCCCAGCCCAAACAGUUCGGAAGAGUUUGUGCAUAUAUUAUGAUGACAUUUUGUGACGUUGUUGUUUGUUUUGGACUUUGGUGAGGGUUGUUUUGGCUGUUCAUGCACAAAUAUUUUUUCUGGAUGCAAGCCGAUGUUUCGAGCCGAAGUCUACACCCCUUUGUCGGUGAUUGGUCAACAGUAGGGAUUUUUCAAUAAAGUCUUUGUUGUCAUUCAACGAGCGAUGACUCACUUCA